AUGGAUCCUUCAUCACAAUUAGUAUAUGAAAUUCAAUUUUAUAGUAUGUCGUUACAAAAAAUUAAUUCAACAAAAAAUGUUAAAAAAAAGAUUAUCUCGAAACUUGAAACACCUAUCGAAAAAUUUCAGACGCAUUUAUAUAAUAGUUUGAGAAUACCUGAUAAUGUAUUGUUACCAGAAGAUGAAAUUUUUGCAAAUUCUAUGGAUAGUAAUAUUGUGGAAGAAUUAAAUUUAACAAUAUCAAAUUUGGAAAAAGAAAUUUUAAAGACGAAAUAUGAAAUAAAGAAAAUUUCAUCAAAGACACAAAAAAUGGAAAAUUUAAGUAAAGAAAUUGAAGAAUUGAAAACGUCUUUAAUGAAUUUUCCAACUGGAGACUAUGAUAAUAAUAUUGCAGUAGAUAUUUUCAAAUCUUUAAUGGAAAUGAAACAAAAGGCUAUUCUAGUGUUGUCGCAGAAUGACACAACGGAGAAUAGUAUAUCAACUUAAUAUAAUAAGACUUUUUUUUUUAAAUAUAAUAACCCCCCUCCCCCAUUGAGAAUCUAUCCACAUAAACAUGAACUAACAAUAUAGUCCUGUAAAUACUGCCCUUUAUUAAACGCAUUUCCACUAACUAGUUAGCUGUUCAAGCUGUUUCGACAUUCGUUGUUGAUUUUUAAUCUGAAGACUAUUGACCAUGGAUGAUCGUCGAAACAAAUCACGCAUUGAAAUUGUUGAAAACGAAAAUGUGAAUAAAAGGGUGUUGUUGAAGUUAUUAUGAUAAGAAUAUCAAUGAUUGUAUUAAAUUCGUUUGUUUAUCAAUAAGAUGUAAUCAGGGUGAACCUCGCGAAACAGAUUUUGAUUGAAUGAAAAGGAAACGCUGGAGAAAAUUUGUUGGA